AUGACUAUGAGUGAGUCCUACAAGAUGGAAAUUUUAGGGGGCAUUACAGAUGAUCCUGUCACCAUCAAUCACAUAGGUACUAAAUGGUUGGUUCUUUGUGUUGGGCCUCAUGUUGAAUAUGCUGGCCACAUCAAUAGACAAGUUGUUGAGCUUGAGUCAGUUGUUGGGACUUACUUGCGGGAAGACUCACAUAAACCAAUGCUGCAAGGAAUAUAUGGUACCGUAUGGGAGAGUGCGGAACACAUUAAAGCUUAUCUCCACUUCGAGGAGGAGGACAAAUGGUGGGACCAACGUCGAAUUCGUCAAGAUCUUGAUCUCUUUUCUAUACAGGAUGAAGCUGGUGAGGGGUCCACUGAUGUGCUACUGUGUGAGGUGGUCUCACGAAUUCUUGGGCAUGCUGACAUAGUUGUCGACAUUCGACCUUUGAGGUCGAUAGGAGGAAACCGUCGGGCGAUUUCUGCCAUGGGUACGACUCCAACUGUCGAUAGCGAGAUUGUGUCAGAUUCGAGAGUGAAUCCUUAUCAAUCGGGAGAGAAUGUGAUAUAA